AUGGAUGAACUCACACGAAUCAGUCGUAAUGUCUCCGAGGAGAUUGAAAGAAAAUUCAGUUGGAAUCGAGACAUUAUCGUUGUGCUUCACCCUCGAUCUAGCAAAGAGAAUGAAAAAGAAUGCGGUAAUCAUCUCAUUGCAGUAAUAAAUGCUGUGAGAAACUCAAUUCAUAUCGAACAGAACGAGAGCCACCCAAAUACGAAUCUUGUGCAGUAUAUUCAAAGCAUUCCUGAUAGUCUUCCAGAAGAUAGAGUUGUGUACUGGAACAGCCGCGUUUUUGGAGAGGUUUUGACUAUGAACAGAUCAAAAGCCUUGAAAAAAUUAGAUAGCUCCGAUGUACUCCGUCCAUUUAAAGUAUGUCACACAAGCGGUAAAUUUCUGAACAACUAUGGCCCUGUAAAACAGUUCCUCGACUUUAGUAUUGAUGAGCACGAAGUAGAUCACGAUAGCUUAAAGGACGCACUAACCGAAGUUCUUGGAGGUUCUAUGAAAUUCUCGUUGUUUCAAUUUGUAGUGAAAUGCGUUAUCGAUUCUCAAUACUGCUAUCAUUGUCUUGGAUUAAUUCUCAACUCUCUGGAAAACUCAUAUCUUGUUUCCAACAAAAUGAUGAAAUUUGGUUUCGACUGGAGAACCGAUUACGGUGAGACAUACAAGUAUAGUUUCUGGAGACUGGAGUACCAGCUGACCCAAUCAAAAUUCGCGCCAGAGGCAACGUUUGACAACGAAUGGGACAGCCUCAGCAGUACCAAUUUCUCAAAAAGACACGGCGAAGGCCGUUCUACAAGUUUUCGCCAAUACAGCUUGGAUUGUCCAGAAAUGGAUGAUAGCUUCUAUGAUUUUGAUGAUCCAGAACUCUGUCGUGCAAGAAGUUCUCCGACUUAUGGCGAUGAUGAUCAACAAGAAGUCGACUAUGAAAUCGAAAAGAGUGCUCCAAAGCGAGUUGAAAUGAACAUGCACAAGAGGAGAAGUGUCAAAACAAACGCAAGUCAAAAAGGAGUGGAAGGAGGAGGAGAAGAUCCUGUCCCAAAAAAACUCCCAGUUGAACUAAAGCAAUCAGCUUCAGAAUCACCUUCUCCUCGAAGAUUUAUGAGGUCAAGAAGCUUCUUAUCAAAACAAAUCGCUCGUUCCAAAAAAGCGCAGGACGUGGAGAAGGGUGAUAUCAGUAAGGGUGAGAGGGACGGUGACGUCAUCAUCGUAACCGAAGAAGAAAUUCUGAAAACAAGAAAGAACAUGAUUAUCAGAAGAACGGUGGAAUCCGGGUUCCGGUUUUUCAAAGAUAGAGGUCUUCAAUGCUUCAAUUACCGCCUCGCUAAUUUAGUGUUUUCAGAAUCUUCUCUCAGUCUUCCGAACGUUAUGUCAGUUUGGUCCCGUAAUCAUCACAGAAUGGCAGUGUUGGGGAGCAUAUACGGGGCUCUUCAAAACUUCAAACCAGAGUUCUUGAAGAAAGAUAACGGGACGGUGAUUGAAUUUGAAAGUGUGUAUGUUGAGCCGACACAAGAAGAAUCGCCAUUUAACGAGGAAUCCCAAGAAGAGAUUAUCAUCGAAUCGGACAUUUCUUCGAGUUUCUCGCCGCCACAUGGAGAGUUGGAUACUGAGAAAGAAGCUUCACCAGAAGCACCCGAUCAUAGCUUCAUGGUUCCUCGCUGCGAAUCACCAAUUGAAGAAUUUGAUUACUUUGUGAAGGAAGAACGACAGUUCUUUAGCUAUGCUGCAGAAUACGCGAAAUACAGAAGAUCCCCUCCGCGAUACAAAUCACAAAAUCAAUUUCAGCACAUAUAUGGCCAACGUUUUUACUAG